AUGAAAAAAUCAAGUAGAAAAAAAUCUUCAUCAUCAACAUCAUGUUCAACAAUUGUUCCUGUUCCUGUUAAUGUUAAUCCAUCAUGUUCAACAUAUGAUUUAGAAUUAUUAAGUUUAUAUAGUCAUGAACAAGUUCAUAUAUAUGAUAAACUUUGUUCAACAAUAUCAUCAAAUUGUGAAAUAGCAUAUUCAACAUCUGAAGGUAUAACAAUAUCUGUACCAGAAAGUUAUCAACGAGAAUCUUCAUCUUAUGAAUAUGUCUCAUCAUCAUCAUUAUCAUCAAUGAUUGUUACACGAAUAAUAUAUCCAUAUGAAACAAAUGAACAAAAUAAUUCUAUAUCAAUUAAUUCAACAUCAUUUUUUAUAUUUGAAAAAUUAAAAAAUAAAUAUUUAUUUAAUCUUUAUAAAUCAUAUAUAAAUAAUCCAAAAUCUUUAUCAUCAUUUGAUCGUUUACUUUCUAAUGAUACAACUAAAUAUAAAGGUUUUCGUCGAUGUUUAUUUUCACCAUAUGAUAUUAGAUUAAAUCAAGGUCAAUCAAUAUUAGCAACGAUAACAUCUGCACAUGAAGUUUUUAUUUAUGAAAUUAUUUCAUCAUCAAAACGUUUUUUUCAUUCAAAAUCAUCUGAUUUUAAAAUUGAUUUAACUAAAUAUUUAUUUGAAAAUAUUCAAUUAGAAGAUUAUUUAAUUGAUUCAAAUAAUUCAAAUGAUUAUCGUUUACUUUAUUUUCAUUUAACAUCAUCCAUUUUAUGGAAUAAAAAUGGAACUUUUUUUUUUCAACUUCAAUAUUCAGGUCAUAUUAUUAUUUGGAAUUUUCAUGGAUUUUCGAUUUUAAAUCAAAAACCUUUAUAUAUAAUUGAUACAAAAAUUUCUAAACCAUUAACAAUGACAUGGAAUGAAUCAUCUCAAAUAUUAUUUAUUAGUGGAAAAGAAAAUCAACGUCUUUUUAUUAAAUUAGAUAAAAUGAAAUUAUUUUAUAUUAAUAUCAAUCAUAAUGAUUAUAUCAAUGUAGAACAUUCAAUUUUAAUUCAAUCAAAUCAAAAUACACUUAUUUUAAUUGAAAGUAAAAUCAAUUAUUGUUUCAUUUAUACCAUUGAUAUUCAUGAUGAUCAGUGUUCAAGUUAUGAUUGUAAUGAAAUUGGUAAUCGUAUUCUUCCAUCAUCUAUAGUUGGUUUUCAAGAAGAAAAAAGUUCAAUAUUAGAAAAUGAUCUAUCAAUAUUAAUUGGUUGUGAAGAUGGUACAAUGCAUUCUUUAAUAAUAUCUGUUAAAUUUCCAAUAAGAAUAAUUGAUAUAAAAUUAGUUGCUAAUGGUCAAAUAAAAUCUUGUUGUCGUAAACCAUUAAUUCUUCGUCAUUUUAAUUUAUCAUUAAAUGAAUAUAUUCUUGAAAGAAUAUAUUAUUCACCAAUUGUUGCACCUAAUGUUAAAUUUGGUUUUGUUAUUUGUACAUUACAUCGUUGGUUAUCAAAUAAAAUAAUAUCAUUAGAUAAAAUAAUUGAACAUUUUUUAGAACGAAUUAAUAUUCCAUUAUGGUCUUCAUCUGAUGAACUUGUUAUUCUAUUAAAUGAAUUAAAACGUAAUAAAACAAAUGAUAAACAAAUUAAAAAAAAUUCAAAUUCAAAUUUAAAUAAUAAUUAUAUUUAUCUUCAACGAUUAUGUCGUUUAUAUAGUUUAUUAAAUAAUAGAAAAGAAUUAAAUAUCUAUGAAAAUCAAUUAUUAGAAUCUUAUCGUAAUCGAUUAUCAAUUAUACUAAAUAAAAUUUUUUCAAAUAUUAUUGAUAAACUUUCACAAAUUGAAUUAUUUAUUUAUAAAAUUUGUUCAAAAGAUGAUCAAACAAUAUCAUCUAAUUUAUUUCUGUGUCCAAUAUGUAAUAAUCCAUUAAUAAUAACAAAAGAUGAUCUAUUAAAUUGUCAAUGUUCUAAUAAACAUGUUUGGCCUCGAUGUUCAACAACACUUUUACCAUUAUAUUUUGAUUCAGCUCAAACAUGUUCAUUAUGUGAUAGAACAAUAACUCUUAUUCAAACAAAUGAUCAAAAUUAUAACAAUUUUAUAGAAUAUAAAGAUAAACAAUUAGACUUUUUUUUUUCAUCUAUAUGUACUUUUUGUAUGUAA